GGUUUCGGUUCCGCGGGCGGCGGGGCAGGGGCGCUGCGCCACCGGCAGCCGGGCCCGCUCCCCGCGCCAGUCUCGUCCCGCUCCUUCACCUCGCCGCUCCGCCAUGGCGGCCAACACCGGCAACCUGCAGAAAGCAAUAGACCUUGCUAGCAAGGCAGCCCAAGAAGAUAAAGCAGGAAACUAUGAGGAGGCCUUCCGCCUGUACCAACAUGCUGUGCAAUAUUUUCUCCAUGUUGUUAAAUAUGAAGCACAGGGUGAUAAAGCAAAAAAAAGCAUUAGAGCAAAAUGUACAGAAUACUUGGACCGAGCAGAAAAGCUGAAAGAAUAUCUGAAAAAGAGAGAAAAAACUGCACCAAAGCCAGUUAAAGAGUCGGGUCCUGCUGAAGCAAAAGGGAAUGACAGUGAUGGGGAAGGUGAAUCAGAGGACCCUGAAAAAAAGAAGCUACAGAAUCAACUUCAGGGAGCGAUUGUUAUGGAGAAACCAAAUGUCAAAUGGAGUGAUGUUGCUGGCCUUGAAGGUGCCAAAGAAGCACUUAAAGAAGCAGUCAUCCUUCCCAUUAAAUUUCCACACUUAUUUACAGGCAAAAGAACACCCUGGAGAGGCAUUCUCCUAUUUGGACCACCAGGAACAGGAAAGUCUUACUUAGCAAAAGCUGUGGCAACAGAAGCAAACAACUCUACCUUCUUCUCAGUAUCUUCAUCUGACCUUGUCUCAAAAUGGUUAGGUGAAAGUGAAAAAUUAGUGAAAAACUUGUUCCAGCUUGCCAGAGAAAACAAACCUUCUAUCAUCUUCAUUGAUGAGAUAGAUUCCCUGUGCGGGUCAAGAAGUGAAAAUGAGAGCGAAGCUGCUAGACGGAUAAAAACAGAAUUUCUAGUCCAGAUGCAAGGGGUUGGUGUUGACAAUGAAGGAAUCUUGGUCUUAGGAGCAACAAACAUACCCUGGGUUUUGGAUUCUGCUAUCAGGAGAAGGUUUGAGAAGCGUAUUUAUAUUCCUUUACCUGAAGACCAUGCCAGGGCUGCAAUGUUCAAACUUCACCUUGGGUCAACUCCAAAUGUCCUGGAAGAAUCAGAUUAUCGAGAGCUUGGGAAGAGAACUGAUGGCUAUUCUGGCGCAGAUAUAAGCAUCAUCGUCCGUGAUGCACUGAUGCAGCCUGUUAGAAAAGUGCAAUCAGCGACUCACUUUAAAAAAGUAAAAGGACCAUCAGUGUCUAAUCCAAAUAUGAUGGUAGAUUUAUUCACCCCUUGCUCUCCAGGUGAUCCUGGAGCCAUGGAAAUGACAUGGAUGGAGGUCCCAAGUGAUAAAUUACUGGAGCCUAAAGUUUCCAUGACCGAUAUGCUCAGGUCACUUGCUUGCACAAAACCAACAGUUAAUGAACAGGACCUGGAGAAGUUGAAGAAGUUUACAGAAGACUUUGGUCAGGAAGGCUAAACCAAAGAUACGUGUGAAGUGUUAGAACUUUUUUUUCUUUUUAAAGUAUUCUCGUGUCUUUAUUGAUGGCACUUCAAAUAAAUGCCAAUAAAAUCUUCUUACUUUGCAGAAGGAAUAGAAGAUACCUUUGCAAAGACCCUUAAGCUUUUGUAUUGUAUUGUUUUCCUCAGAUGUCUAUUAAAUGUCUUCUAUUGAAAAAUAAUACAAAAAUGCAAUUUUAGGGUGAGACAGCAAAGUGAUGUGGUAAUGUCUAAUAAAUACUAGAAAGCUUUAAAUUACUAGUUCCAUUUUAGGUAGUAUAUUAGACCUGGAUACCAGUGAGUUUUAAACUCCCAGUAAGGUAAAAAACCUUUUUAAGGGGUGGGAGAGAACAUACUUGUCAGCUGUUUUCAGUAUCAGUCAAUCAAUGUAUGUAUUAAUUGCACUCAUUUCAUUUAGGAAAAUGCAACAAAAUUUUCUAAUCAAGCAUACUGUUACUGUUUGCUGUAAAAGUGGGAAAGACAGCACUGUGAGGAUAAGACUACAUUGGCCAGUACUUAGAUUAAAUAUUGAUGGACCUGUUAUUUGGCUUUUUUCUGCUAUGCCGUGUUAAAAUUUUGCCUUAAACAGCAAGCUUUUGGUUUUAACUCUUUACUAGCUGGUACACACUGUCACUAUGCAAUUUAACACAAGUUUGUUAAAUGCAAGUAACUCAAGGUGUUUUGCUGGCUGUUCUUGGGGGGUUGUCUGGAUUUGUUUUUUGGUUUUUAAAAUCUGGAUUCUCUUCCUGGUGAAGUUUUGACUAAAGUUAGAAAAAAGCAUUAGUAAUGUCUCCUAAGAUCCCACGUGUUGAGGCUGGCAAGGUAUAUGUAGUGUUUGGAGAAUAUCUGGGAGGUAUUUUGGGAAAUAGCAUACUUUCACAUGCAAGGAGAUUAGAGCAGAUGUCUUUCCAGUGAUAAAUUAACCCUGAACCCCACUGGUAACUGUAGCAUAUAGGUUACAUCAAUUUAGUGCUUAAACUGGGCUGGCAGUUUAGAUAGAACUUGCACUUCCAUUGCUCUUUUUCUGCAGAACUGCAAAUGGAGAUGUGCCUGAAUGUAACUUACAACACUACAGCAUCAGCGUUGAGUUUGUGCCUUGUAAGUUUGCACUGGCUGUAGAUAAGAAACACCGUUAGGAUAUCUAGAAUACUUUAUCUUCCAUUAUCAUUGUACAACUCUAUCCUGCAAAUGUUUUGUUUAACUUGCAUUAAAAGAAAUUUGCACAUUUUAGGUGUGUAUGUUCUAUGUACAUAUGCACAAAUAUGAUCGUCUUUUGAUGGGGUUUGGUUUCUUUUAUGUAUACGUAUUUUGUGUACUUUAUAAAUCAUAGGAUGGGUGACUUUUUCUUAAAUGAAGUAAAAUGUUGUAGUACAACAUCA